CAGAGAGCUGGAAAAAUAGCAACGGCAGAGGAGCACAGCUGGGGAAGGAGGAGGCCAGGCUGGAGCUAAAGCGAGUCGCUGUGCAGAGGAAUGGGCGACGUUUGAUCGGAGAAGGUUCUCUACAAACCAGGAGAGACGUCAGUGAGUCAUGGAGGACUGUGGUAGCCUCAUAGAGUUUGAUGUACCUGAGUUCAGCAACACCGUCCUGAACCAGCUCAAUGAGCUCCGUCUCCAGGGCAAGCUGUGCGACAUCAUCGUGCACAUUCAGGGCCAGCCGUUCCGAGCCCACAAGGCUGUUUUGGCCGCCAGUUCACCAUACUUCCGUGAUCAUUCAGCACUAGGCACAAUGAGUGGCCUCUCCAUCUCCGUAAUCAAGAGCCCUGAGGUGUUUGAGCAGCUGUUGGCCUUCUGCUACACUGGCCACAUGGCAUUGCGCCUACGUGAUGUCAUCAGCUUCCUCACGGCUGCCAGCUUCCUCCAAAUGCAGGCUGUGAUUGACAAAUGCACACAAAUUCUUGAGGGUAUUCACUCCAAGAUAAGCAUCCCAGUGCCUGAUGGGACAGAUCCAGAUGACGAUUGCACCUCCUCAAGGUCUGGACCCAAUGGUGUGAAAGAUGGUGGUAUCUUUUUAAACCCCACUCAGAUUUCGCCACCCUAUUAUCCUCGCCAGAAUCAUUGCGCCGAAGGGCGGAACUCAGGUAAGGGGAUGGUGGAGGAGGGUCAGUCAGACCGAGGGAGCAGCGACGGGAUAUCUGAGCAGGAGGUGUCCAUGGAGGUUGAGUCGGAACAGAUAGAACUCAUCGGGAAGGAUGGGCACGUGACAGAUGUCCAUAUAAAGCUGGAAAAAACCGACCGGCCCAGCUACUCCGAUAGCUCGUCGGCAGGUGACGAUGGCUACCACACAGAGCUAGUGGAUGGUGAGCAGGUGUUGGCUGUCAGCGUGGGAUCGUACGGGCCUGUGCUUUCCUCUGCCAGAUACACUUACUCGGCACUACCUUCCCCCUGUUUUGUCAGCCUGAGUUCCUCUAGCCCAUCUCGUUCCUUGCUCAGCAGCGUCCGGGGUGGUCGUGCCCGACCGAAACGUCCCGUGCCUCUUCCAGCCGAUCUACUAACUCAGCUCAAGCCUGGUGCCGACGAAGGAGAUCCACCUGCGACGGCAACUACCUUCGAAAACGACGUAAGGGAGCGUAGUUUCCGUGGACAGUGGUACCCAUACAACGAGCGGCUCAUCUGCAUCUACUGCGGCAAGUCCUUCAAUCAAAAGGGCAGCCUGGACCGUCACAUGCGUCUGCACAUGGGCAUCACGCCCUUCGUCUGCAAGUUCUGCGGCAAGAAGUACACCCGCAAAGAUCAGCUGGAGUACCACAUCCGCGGCCACACGGACAACAAACCCUUCCACUGCCAGAUCUGUGGCAAAUGUUUUCCCUUCCAAGGCACACUCAACCAGCACUUGCGCAAGAAGCACAUGACCUCUGGCACAGAAGUUAAUAAUCACACUGACUUGCUGGGAGAGGCACCAGAUGGCCAGAGAGGGGAGCAAGAGGAUACCUCAGAGGGCGAAGUAGCCUCCGGAGCAGCGUACCCCGAUGAUUUGUCGAUAAAAACCGCCAGCGAAGAGAGUGGCAAGUGUAGUCCGGAAGAAACCCCUGCGUCCAAACCCCUGCGUGGAUAUUAAGCAAAACCUUUUCCAUUUACUUGGUUGUUUGUCCUACUUAUCUAAUAAGGAAGCUUAAAUGGUUACUCUUUUCAUAAUUAAGCCCAGCUGUUUCUAAAGAACGACAAGAAAUAACCCGCCUUGCGCAUUUUCUACUUGUCCAUUUUUGUGGAAGUUCUACACAGGACUAAGACGGAGAGAAAGAGUUUUUAAGGAGUUGUUUUUUUGUUUUGUUUUUUUUAAAGGGAAGGAGUCCUAUAAUCGGGGAAUUAAAUAACUGGGGAGGGGGUCUCUGUAAUCAAGGCCUCCUAAGAGUUUUAUCACAUUUUUAUAUAUCUAUAUAUAUUUCCAUGUUUUUCAACAUAUUUACAGAGUAAUAUAGGCAUGUUGCAAUAAUGAAUAAUGUGAAAGCUCAGAUGAGAUGCUUGUCAUAUCACGCUUUUACCUGACCUGUUUUUGCACAUGUGGCCUGUAGUAGGUCACUCACUCACAAGGAAUGGUUUAUCUGCCAGUGCAAGGCUCUUUGUGACACAUCUGUUCAAUACCUCAUUACACAACCUCAACAUACUCAUAAUGGACAGUAUUUGUAGCUUGUCAUCAACUCCAGCCAGGUUUUACCUCAUAGCAAAGAACCUGAACGGAGGGGAAGAAGCUUCUCUCAAUAAAGUUCUGUUUGUUUUUUAAAGGGUUGGAAUGCGGAGGCAAAAAACCCUGAUCAAAACAUCUCCACUUUAUACUA